AUCACAUUUUAUGCCUGUUAAAAGUGUAUGAAAUUUUGUACUUACUUUUUACAUUAAUUUUAUGUAGAAAUAUUUUUAGGACGUCCUAAAGUUUGAACACUUAUCAUCUGUUUUUAGAACGUAUAAUCAAAUUAUUCAAACCAUAAUUAUUUGAUAUCGAGUUAUUAAGUCUGAUCGGACACAAAGAACGAGCAGCUCACUGCUCACACCAUUAAAAUGCGUCGGAUGUGUUUUGCCCGACGAAUUUUAUCCCAAAUCGCUCGCCCGACUGGCGAAACGUCCACCGCAUACAAGUACCAGGACCAUUUUUUACCGCGCCCGUGUGCUCUGUAUCAGGUGCGCUGUGCCAGUGGUCGGCAGCGAACCGUCACUAAAAUUUCGCACGAAGCCGAUGAGCGCAGCACCGAUGAUGCUUACGGAGACGCUGAUACGUUCGGAUCAGUCCAUCAUAGAGUUUCUGCAAAGUAUCGUCCGCCAAGAAAACCAAGGCAACCCGUGAAUACUGAGAUGACUCCCUUGAACGUCGACGAUGUGAAAACAAGUGCGUGAACGUUUCAGAAAAUGUCCAGAGCCAGACUAUGAGAAAGCACUCGACGAUAGUAUUUUUGGCACAAUUUCCGCGCCGGAUUGGAAUAAAAUGCAGGAUCUGGAGGAUGAGGAGGAAGAGGAUAUGGCAGAUCAUGUGCCAUUUCGGCAGCGACCAUGGUAUUACAUACUACAGUUGCGGAAAUUAAUCAAACGACAAAAUUUGCCGGCAGCACUUGAGUUUUUUGAAGUUCGCAUGGGCAAGGAGGACCAAGUGCGACCAAUUCUGAUGUGUUAUGAUAUGCUGAUCGCGGCGUGUGGUCGUGCAGGAUAUCUGGAUAAAGCGUUUGAAUUAUAUCGUCAGAUGAAAAAACGGCGUUGUCAUCCUCAAGAUACCACUUAUGUCGGCCUGUUCAAUGCCUGUGCCGAAUGUCCGAUUCCGGAAGAAGCGGUGAAGAGAUUGAAAGCGUUGCGCGAAGAACUUCAGAUGAAACUCCAUAUUCCCAACCAUUAUGUGUAUCACAGUAUGAUCAAAGCAUAUGGAAGGUGUGGCGAUGUCAUCGGCGCAUUCCAGAUCGCGGAUGAAAUGCUUCACAACAAUCUGGAACUUCAAAAUGACACCUUUUGUUUCUUGUUAAUGGCGUGUAUUAGUGAUAAGCAGGCUGGAUUCAAGCAUGCCAUUGAGGUUUGGCGCUUUAUGAUUCAGCACGGGGUAAAACCCGACCUCUAUCAUUAUAGCCUUUUGAUACGAGCAGUUCGUGAUUGCAAUCUGGGAUCUGGUGAACUAGCGCAAGAAUUGCUUCCGCCGUCCAUUCGAGAAUUGUCCAAAGAGCAAUUAGAGCCGCAACACCAGUUAGCAUCCGGCACCACCAGCAAUUUGCCUGAGCAUCUCCUGGUUGAUAACAGUAAACUCUUACCGUUUAUCGGAACCUCCAUCACUCACGAGAUCUUGACAGAGAAGACUCAGAAGGAAAUUGAACAAGUUAGAAAGGAUGUGCGCUUCAGCCCUAAUGGGCGACCAGCCAAAUCCAAAGAUACGUAUGGCAUGUACCAGAGCGUAAUGCGAACUGUUUUGUCGGAGGAAUACCACCGAAGAGGUCUGAUUUACAAAGGUGAAUGGUGGGAAUCGCCUAGUGAGCGGCCGGGCCUGCCCGGAAAAAGUUUGACGGCAUCGUACGGAAUGAUACUGAUGGGGUCAUCUGCUAUUCCCGAUUUACUGUUACCUUUUGAAUCGCAAGCCAAUACUGGACUUAUUGCAAUUGGAGCUGCGGGAACUGGUGCAGAGAGGUUGGCCCUGCUGGGUGGAUAUUCAGGAAUACUUUCCCGUAUGCAGCGAGACAAAGUCAAACCUGAUAAAAAGUUUUUAUCCAUGCUUGUGGAAAUGCUACCGUUUGACGACAAAGCCGAAGACGAGGUGAUUGCACUGGCGGAUCGUUUGAAACGCAAAUUAGAUGUGGAUUUUUUCAACAUGAUCAUCCGGCAACGUAUAAGGCGAAAGGAUUACGCAGGCGCCCUGAAAAUCAGGGAAUUAUUUGAGUCUCGAGGAAUUAAUUCGAAUCAGAUGACUUUCGGAUGUCUUGCAGUAGGCUGUUACGGAAACGCUGCAACAUCACAGUUGCUGAACGAUAUGAAAGAGCGCGAUUUGGAUCCAAAUACCAUUAUUCUGGCUACGCUUAUUUCCAAUGCCUGCAACAUAAAAUCCCUGGGUACGAUGCUUUUCCUUAUGGCCGAGAUGCAAAAAUCGAAGAUUCCGGCGCACGAAGGCUUAGUGAAGAGAUUAGAAAGGUUCAAGGCCGAAGUUCAGAAGGCCGUGAUCGAAGCGGAAAAAAAAAUACCAACCACGACCGAUAUCAGUUACAUAGACGAAAAGUUCUUGGACAAGUGGAAGAAAUUCAAAGUGUACUACAAGAUAUGGUUGGAGAAAGUGCCGGCUAAGCAGGAAGAACAUCCUUAUGCUCCUUAUCAGUACACGGUGGAGAGUGAAGAUAACGACGAUUCGUGGCGCAAAGGAAAAAUACCUUUGCAAUUGUACGAUGAUCGGGAAGAACGGCAGCAUAUGGGAAGGCGGUAGUGGCAUGAUAAUUAUGAUGAUGUCCUGUGUGUGUGAUCUGUUGCUGUUGUACCAAAAGAGCAGCAGUUGUACUUAAAAUUUAUCCGGUUCUUUUAAUUUUUGAAAUCGUGUGUGCUGUGUAUGGUGUCGCGCGUGUCGCUCGAACAAAGAAAAUUUUAAGGAAGAAAAUUUCAAGCGCGAGAUUGGUGAAUCUAUUACUUACCACUACAGCAAACACAGCAGAUGUGCGAUGAUUCAUGAUUGUCAAAUUUGGUCAGAUGCAAUUAACUACCAAACUGAAAUUGUCAA